AGUAUGAAAUCCCGGUUCCUGCUGGCACUCAUGCUGGCACUCCCGCUGGCUCUCAUGCUGGCCCUCCUACUCCCUGUGCCAGCGAGCUCCACGGAGGCCACGACCGCCGGCUCUAUGUGGCGGUCGGCCUUCUUUCGAGCGAGCCUGAGGGAGGAGGCUGUUGAGGAAUUUCGCUCCGGGACAGAGCUCCACUGCGCCCACGCGGCCCAGAGGCGCGACUGGUGCUCGCUCUACUGCUUCGAGGACACGAUGUGCCAGCUGUACAACGUCACGCACCCAGCCUCGAGGCCCAACGACGCCGCUUCUGGUGUCGCCUGCAAGACCACCGCCGCCGUACGCCCUCUGUGUCCGGAUCCGUUCGAUUCGGUGCCGUUUUUGACGGACCUCGGCUGCCUGUACAGGGAUGAUGAACGGCGAUCGUGGGACGCAGCUCGCAAUAAUUGCAUAGCUCUUGGCGGAGACUUGUUCGUUCCUGCACACAGCGAGCAAUUCAUCGCCCUGAACAGUUACCUUUUUAGUAAAGGAUAUACAGCACAUAGAUGGGUCGGACUGUUCUCGAGUACGUGGAUUGACGGUCGGCCUGAAAACGAUGUUUGGAACUCUACCGAACCGAACCACAAUGGGGACUGCGGGCUUAUGGAUCCAGGCCAUCUCUUGUUCGACAGAGCGUGCGAUAAAACAUACUCUGCCAUCUGCCAGAAGUGAAGAGAUCGAGACAGGCGCAUUGAUGGGGGGGGGGCGAGACGGAAAGGAGAGUCGGGAUAAACCGACGUUGGAAAAAUAUCGCGAUCGAGUUUGAAGAGCAACUGAAUUGGGAAGGAACUGAUACAACAAGCCUAUCGGUGUUCAGAAGGGGUGUCAUACACGCUUACGUGGACACACACACGUGCACACGCGCGCACACACACACACACACACAUGUGUGUGUGCAUGUAACACA